CCGAGCGUGCGGCAGGCCGGCCGCAGGCCCAGCGCGCCACCAUGGAGCGACAGCGCCGGCGGCCGCGGCGACCGCUGAAGCAGCAGAGGCGGCCGAGGAGGAACGGGGGUUGAGGCUGGCGCCUCCGGGUAGUGGGCCUGUGAACACCUGCCGUCCCCGAGCCCCGACUUCUCCCUGCCUCCCGGGGCGCGGGUGGCUACCCCGCCGGACGAUGCGCACCGCCGGCCGCCCCGGAGGCUGAGCCCGCCGCCCCGCAUGGCCUUGCCGGGCGCCGAGGGCGCGGUUGACAGGCCGGGGUCCCCGGCCCGGGGCGCCCCCGCCGGCUCCGGGUCGUCGUCGUCCGCCUCCUCCGGGGGCUCGGCCUCCGCCUCGGCGGGAGCCGGGCUGUGGGCCGCGCUGUACGACUACGAGGCGCGCGGCGAGGACGAGCUGAGCCUACGACGCGGCCAGCUGGUGGAGGUGUUGUCCCAGGACGCCGCCGUGUCGGGCGACGAGGGCUGGUGGGCUGGCCAGGUGCAGCGGCGCCUGGGCAUCUUCCCCGCCAACUACGUGGCGCCGUGCCGCCCGGCCGCCUGCCCCGCGCCGCCACCCGCCCGGCCGCCGCCGCCGCGGCCCGGCUCGCCCGUGCACGUCGACUUCGAGGGACUGGAACUCAAGGAGCUCAUCGGCGCGGGUGGCUUCGGGCAAGUGUACCGCGCCACCUGGCAGGGCCAGGAGGUGGCGGUGAAGGCGGCGCGCCGGGACCCGGAGCAGGACGCGGCGGCGGCGGCCGAGAGCGUGCUGCGGGAGGCGAGGCUCUUCGCCAUGCUGCGGCACCCCAACAUCAUCGAGCUGCGCGGCGUGUGCCUGCGGCAGCCCCACCUCUGCCUGGUGCUCGAGUUCGCCCGCGGCGGAGCGCUCAACCGGGCGCUGGCCGCCGCCAACGCCGCCCCGGACCCCCGCGCGCCCGGCCCGCGCCGCGCGCGCCGCAUCCCCCCGCACGUGCUGGUCAACUGGGCCGUGCAGAUCGCGCGGGGCAUGCUGUACCUGCACGAGGAGGCCGUCGUGCCCAUCCUGCACCGGGACCUCAAGUCCAGCAACAUUCUGCUACUCGAGAAGAUAGAGAAUGAUGACAUGUGCAAUAAAACGUUGAAGAUCACAGAUUUUGGCUUAGCGAGGGAGUGGCACAGGACCACCAGAAUGAGUGCUGCGGGCACCUACGCCUGGAUGGCCCCCGAAGUUAUCAAGUCGUCUGUGUUUUCCAAGGGAAGCGACAUCUGGAGCUACGGAGUGCUGCUGUGGGAACUGCUCACGGGAGAGGUCCCCUAUCGGGGCAUCGAUGGUCUUGCCGUGGCUUACGGGGUGGCAGUCAACAAGCUCACUCUGCCCGUUCCUUCUACCUGCCCCGAGCCGUUUGCCAAGCUCAUGAAAGAAUGCUGGCAACAAGACCCUCACAUUCGCCCAUCAUUUGCCUUAAUUCUUGAACAGUUGACUGCUAUUGAAAGGGCAGUCAUGACUGAGAUGCCUCAAGAAUCUUUUCAUUCCAUGCAAGAUGACUGGAAGCUGGAAAUUCAGCAAAUGUUUGAUGAGUUGAGAACAAAGGAAAAGGAGCUGCGGUCCCGGGAGGAGGAGCUGAUGCGCGCCGCGCUGCAGCAGAAGUCGCAGGAGGAGCAGCUCAAGCGGCGGGAGCAGCAGCUGGCCGAGCGCGAGAUCCACGUGCUGGAGCGUGAGCUGAACAUCCUGAUCUUCCAGCUGAACCAGGAGAAGCCCAAGGUCAAGAAGAGGAAGGGCAAGUUCAAGAGGAGUCGCCUCAAGCUCAAGGACGGACGUCGGAUCAGCUUACCCUCAGAUUUCCAGCACAAAAUAACGGUGCAGGCCUCCCCGACCUUGGACAAACGGAGGAGCCUGAACAGCGGUAGCUCCAGCCCGCCCAGCAGCCCCACCGUGAUUCCCCGACUCCGGGCCAUACAGCUGACUUCAGAUGAAAGCAAUAAAACUUGGGGAAGGAACACAGUUUGUCGACAAGAAGAAUUUGAAGAUGUGAAAAGGAAUUUCAAGAAAAAGGGUUGUACCUGGGGACCAAAUUCAAUACAAAUGAAAGAAAGAACCGAUUGCAAAGAAAGAAUGAGGCCUCUCUCAGAUGGCAACAGUCCUUGGUCAACUAUCUUAAUAAAGAACCAGACAGCCAUGCCGUUGGCAUCAUUAUUUGUGGACCAGCCAGGUGUUUCUGAAGAGCCAAAACCUGCCCCUGAUGGACUGGAACCCAGAAAACCAAAGCAGAUAAAAUCACCCAGUCAAGCCUGCAUUGAUCUACCUCUUUGGAAGGAAGGCCAGAGAGAGAAUCCGGUGGAACCCGAGAGCAGGGAGGAAGGAACCCCCGGGAGCCCUGCCACUGGCACCCCUCAGGGGACCCCUCCAAACAGCCUAAGCAGAUGCCCCCCGAGGAAGAAAACGGAGUCCGCCCUGUACAGCUGCACCGUGCUGCUGGCGUCAGUGGCCCUGGGCCUGGACCUCAGAGAGCUUCAAAAAACACGGGCUGGGGAGGAACCGCUGCCCAAAGAGGAAAGGAAGAGGCGGGAGGGAAUCUUCCAGCGGGCGCCUAAGUCCCGCAGCCCCACCAGCCCGCCCAGCAGGCUGCCAGGCACGGGCGAGGGGGCCGGCAGCUGCCCCUCGCUGCCCCCGUCCAGCGCCCUGGGCCUCCUGGCCGUGCCUUCUCUCUCCACCAAGUGCUUGCUGCAGACUGAUGGCGAAGACUCGUUCGAGGGCAGCGCACACAUCCCUCGUGACCCCGAGAUGCGCACCCCAGAUCUUUGCCCAGCCUUCGGAGGGAGGGGUCCAGAGCCGACCUCUGUGCCAAGACUGGAGGCCAAUCGUGGUGUGUGGGAGAACCUGCCUCCUUCCUUCCUAGAGCCCACAUGUGGGGAUGUGCCUUCUUCUGCCUCUUCGAAGGAAAGAGCAGUGCGUCAUCGACGGACCAGGUCUGAUGGAAGUGCCUUUCAGACCUCAGCUGGUGUCGCUCUCCUCUCAGCCCCCGGAGCCUCUGAACUGCCCCCUGAGUGGGUUUGGGGGAUGCACCCCUCCCCCUCUGGUCCUCGCAGUGACCUGCCAAGUGAGGUCCCGCCUGAAAAACAAAGAGCUGUCCACGUGCUGCCCCUGCCGCACCCGCCCGCCCCGAGAAGCCGGGUCGACGCCCCGCCGGCCUCCCCGCCUCCGCCCGCGCAGGCCGGCCCCGGGGUGGGCGGCCCAGGACCAGCCUCCGCCCGCCCCCUCGGCGCCAAGGACAGAAGCGAGCCGCGCGUGCCUUCCUUACUGGGCGCCGCCGCGGAAGGCCAGCGCGGGGGCCGCACGGUGCCCCUGUGCAGGCCGAGGGGCGGAGCCAGCCGGCCGUCUCUGCAGCAACUGGAGAAAGAAUUUCUGUCUUAAGUGCCUUAGGUUGUUCAGGCAUUUCUUUGUUUUGUUUUUUGUUGUUGUUUUUUUUUUAAGGUGAAUGAAUGAGAGCAAUGUGUCUCCCUUUGAACUGUUUCACGCUGCUGUGUUCUCAAAGCUGUGGCCAUGUUACUGAACUAGUGAUGGACGUCUGACUUCUCCCAAAACAUGCGUGAUGGCUGUGGGCGCUGACUGUGUGCUUUGUCCACUGGACUCCUACCUAGUAACUUGAAAUACAAACAACACGCACCUGUAAAACAAGAAACGUGCAACAAUGUCAAACUACGUUUAAGCGCAAUUUUCAUGCUUUGUUCCCAUUUCUUAGUACACGCAGAAAUUGGGAUGAGUGUGUGUUUCUCCUUCCUUCCUGUCUCCUUCCUUUUCUCGUCUUCUAUCUUCCUUUCCCUUCUUUUCUUUCUUGUUUUCUUCAUUUCUUUCAUUUCAUUCUCUCUCUCUUUUUUUUUUUUUUUUGUUAUUUGUGCAACAAAAAGCCAAGGAUAAUGUGAUACUAUUAAUAAGUAAAGGUGUCUAUUUUUUUUAAUUUGAUGACUGGAAUAUUCAGUCCUGUUUACUAUCUAAAUUCAGCAGUAGACUUAUAAUGCAUAAAUAUAUCCAGAUCUCACCUAAAAUAUGCAAUAUUUCUCUCGUUGAGAAAAUUUUGCUGAAUGUAACUUGUAAAACAAGUUUUACUGAAUGUAACUUAUAACAAUGUUGCCCAUUAGAACUCCGAAAUAGAUUUUUUACAAAUCCGUCAUUGACGUUUGACUCAGACCCUACUGUGCAGCUGCGAGGGGAUAAUCCGUAGGUUCUGCCUGUAGAAAGGGUCUUCCUUCAUCAGGACCCACUGAUUUGGCUUUUCCUUUUGCCAGGGAGUUUUUCAAAAUUAAUUGAUGCACACUUCAUGUAUCAUGAACAUUCACAUCAUUUAAUUUUAUUUUUCUCUUUACGUGCAUAAUUAUCCCAAUAAUCUCAAAAGCAAUCAGAAAGAAACACUGCAAAGUCAGGAAACAGCAGUACUGUUAGAAUGUAAGUAUAUUAAAAUCGUUAUUUCACAUUUCAUUUAAUUGUGCAUAAAUGUUAGAUAUCUCUUGGGUGAAGUAAACUGAUAUAGUAGGAUGGAGAAAUACAGAUUAUUUUCAGAUGUGAAUUUAUCAAAUGAAUCUUUGGAUAGCAGAUCAGGUUUAUAAAUGAUUUUAAAUUAUUUGAUGAAUCACUUUUAUAAAGCAUACAGAUAUAAUACAAUAUAGACUACUGAGUUCUUAAGCUGCUGAAAUGGCAAUCCAGGAGCUUGGUGAAUUUGCUUGGGUUUCUUUUGUUAAAUCUGUUACACUUCUAUCACUAGAAUACGGUUGCUCUAAUGAUAGACAACAACUUUAAAUUUUUCUAUACAAUGAGAAACAUUAAUUGCAAACAUUAAACAUUGCUUGAUAUUUCGUUUAAAAUUUUACCUUGGUUAAGGUUUACUGAAUAACUGAAAGGUCAAUGAUUUAAAUUAAAUCAGAUAUGACCAAAUAUCUACCUAUAGUAGACUUUUAAAGGAGGAAAAUUAUAUUAUUUGGCCAUUUUGAAACAUCUUAGUCAUCUAACAAGUAUUCCUCAGCGAAUGAUGGACAGGGCAUGAAAGAAUUCUAUCAGUAUAAGGGCUUUUUGCCCUAAGGAAAACAAUCUCGUGUUUAAGAUUCUUGCAGCAAAACCUCAGGUACAUUUUGUUGUGUUAUUAUCCAUUCUGUGAUUUGGCUUCACCUUUGGGUGGUGGUUGAAUUACAUAACGGAGAUUUGGUUUCCUCAGAAUUUGAUCACAUUUGCAGCUCUGGUUAGCUACAUUAUAUUCAGUCAUUUGGGGCAUGUAACUUCCAACUAUAAGUAGAGGAAAUAUGUGCCUAAAGUAAUGCGUGAAAUACAAAAUGUAGAAACUGUGUUUUCAGUUUCGCUUCUACCAAAACAUCGUGUGUGUGGUGUGAGGGUGGUGUGUGUGUGUGUGGUGUGAGGGCUGUGUGUGUGGGGGGUGUGUGUGUGUGUGGUGUGUGUGUGUGUGCGCGUGUGUGUGGCGUGAGGGUGGGGGAGUGAUGGGUGGCCAUCUGCCUUGUCCCUCUGCUCUGUACCUGUUCCUGUUCAGCUUUAUUUUAGUCACUCUAUAUUAUGAUGAAUUUAGAAAUGAAGAUAUAUUGAAAAGAUAAUUGUGAUAUGAGGACUCAAUCUCAUGUAUUAUUGCAAAUAGUUAUUUUUUGCUGAGAUCUACUGUACAUGUCGUGAUUUUCUCUGUGUAUUAGUAUACUUGGCGGAAUCUGGUUAUUUAUUUUCUUACAGGCUUAACAGCUCGCUGAAAGGUAAAUUAAGCUGAUUACUAUUAGCCAACAAUUCAGGUGCUCCCACUGCAGAGAUUCAAGGCCUGGGCCUGAUAUGCUGUAUUAUGAAGCUUUGUGACUGGAAAAGAUGUUUACAUAUGUUGUCUAUUUUUUUAAUAAACUUUUUUUAUAGCUA